CAACGCCAACAAUUUAACCCGGUCAGCUAAUCGCUCCAAGGCGGCGCGCCGGUGCUGCUUUCCCGCAAUCGUCGAUCUCUUUCGCCGCCUCCUGUCUGUGAUUCUGCUGCAUUGAGCCACCCGCAACUCGCCUCACUUCUCCUUCUCUUCAUCGGCAUCUGGGUUGUUAAAAACCCUAGUUUCGUCCACUCGCCGAUCCCCUGAACCUGAAUUGAAUCAAGAAUUACGCCUCUGCAGACGGGGAGUCUCAUGAAUUGCUUCGAUCUAUGGGUUUGAUUCGGGAUAUUGGACUGCGGGAUUGAAGCCAUGGAUAAUCAAUUGCAACUGGCGAUGUCCAGCCCUGCGACGUCGUUUCACGACUUGCUGGCCUCGCAGAGGGAGCUCUUCCGCAGCCAAAUUGAUCACCUGGAGAACAUUGUCAUCAAUCAAUGCAAACUCACUGGAAUCAACCCGCUGUCUCAAGAAAUGGCUGCUGGAGCUUUGUCAAUAAAAAUCGGGAAAAGACCCAGGGACCUGCUGAAUCCCAAGGCUAUAAAAUACAUGCAAUCUGUCUUCUCAAUCAAGGAUGUAAUAGGCAAGAAAGAAACUCGUGAAAUUAGUUCCCUCUUUGGAGUUACAGUCACACAGGUUCGGGAUUUUUUUAACACCCAGCGAGCAAGAGUGAGAAAAUUAGUUGGGAUUUCUAGAGAGAAGGCUAAGAAGUGUAUUGCAUCUAAUGAACCCUGUGAGGAGGUAUCUUUAAGAUCAGAUGCCAGUUUACCAGUUGAUCCCGCUCCCUUAGACAGCGUGGUUCCUUUAAAUGUGGAAGGGCCAUCAUGUUCAACAGAAGAUGAAGUUCCAUCAGGAGUACAGGAGUCUGACAAAGAUUUCAUUGAAAAUAUAUUUAUUUUAAUGAGGAAUGAAGAUACAUUCUCGGGGCAAGUUAAAUUGAUGGAUUGGAUAAUGGAAAUACAGAACCCUUCAGUCCUUCUAUGGUUUUUAAGUAAAGGCGGCGUAAUGAUCUUGGCAACUUGGUUGAGUCAAGCGGCAACAGAAGAGCAGACUAGCGUUCUUCAUUCCAUUCUUAAGGUACUCUGCCACCUGCCUCUGCACCAAGCACUUCCGGCACACAUGUCGGCUAUCCUGCAGAGUGUUAAUAAACUUAGGUUUUAUAGGAUAUCAGAUAUCUCAAACAGGGCAAGGUUUCUUCUCUUUAGAUGGAGCAAGAAAUUAGCAAGCCAGUCUUCUAAAAAACCUAUUGGGUUGAAAUCAGUAGCUGAAGCACAGGAUGAGAUCCUUUUGAAGCGAAGCAUUGGUGAGGUCAUGGCUGAAGUUGAUGGCUUUGAAGAGUCUCUUGCACAGUUUGAAACUUCAGAGAACUUGAGGAAGCUGGGAUCUACUCAGCCAUUGAAGUUGCUCACAUCUGUAGACGAAUCUAACAGAAGGACCGGAAUAAGUGUUUCACCAGCUCAAAAUCUAGAACGCAGAAAGGUUCAGUUGGUUGAACAACCCGGGCAAAGAAUGGCAGGAAGAAAACCCCAAGUUACAAAAACUUCUUCUGCAACCCAAGGCCGCCCACUUUCAGCUGAUGAUAUUCAAAAAGCUAAACUACGUGCACAACUUUUGCAGAGUAAAUAUGGGAAAGGUAAAACAUCCUUUGAUCACAGCCUUCAGCCAAAACCUGACGGUCCAAAUAAAAAUGCUUCUCCUCUAGAUGGCAGUUUUCAUUCGACUAUUAGAACUCAUGACCUGCCAAACAUUAAUGACGGCAAGUCAAAUGUUAGUGAUGGAAAGCCAACUACUGAUGAAGAGAAGCCAGCAAUUGAUGUGAAGAAAACAAUUGAUAGACAUAAAAAUACUGAUGGUCUUGAUUCCAAUAGAUCAAAACAGCAGGAGGCCCGUGUAAAUGAAAAGAGGGAUGAUGCUGAAGAACCCCUGUGGAAAAAGUGCAAGCGAAUUCAGAUUCCUUGGUACACUCCACCAGAGAUGGUGAUUCCAGAAAGAUGGAAGUUAUGUGCCGGAGAAAAUAGUCAAGAGGUAGAAAAUCAGAAGAAUAGAAUUCACCGCGAAAAGGAGACUAUUUACAGGACACUUCGUGAAAUUCCUUUGAAUCCCAAGGAACCUUGGGACCAAGAAAUGGACUAUGAUGACACUCUAACCCCCCAAAUCCCAACAGAACAGUUACCAGAUGGAAACAGUACUGAAGAUGUGGCACGUGAUGAUGUCAGCAAUGUGCACUCACAUAAUGUGAAUAACACUGCUGAUAACAUGGCUGAGCCAGAUCUAGAGCUGCUAGCUGUGCUCCUUAAAAACCCAGAAUUGGUUUUCGCACUGACAUCUGGCCAAGCCGGUAACCUGUCAAGCGAAGAGACUGUGAAGCUGCUUGAUAUGAUUAAGGCAAACGGACUGAUGUCGAUGAGCGGUCCUACCGGGUUGGACCAAAGUAGAGCCGAGUGUAAAGUCGAAGUUUGUCUUCCAUCCCCAACUCCUUCCAGCAAUCCUGGAACGAGCGGAGUGAAGGUAGAUGACUAUGAUAAAAAUCCAUUCUCGAGGAGAGGUGGCGGAGCAGCCACUGCAGCCGCCAUGGCAUACGCCUCACAACAGGAAGCAGCAGCGGCAGCAUUGCUGCUGCAACCAACUGGCGGGACCGGUAGUCUUCUUCAUCUCCACCACCAACCACCACCUCAUCACAACAACAACGGCGGCAUCUUUCUCAAUCCACCGCUGCUGCCGCCGCAAGAAACACCAUCCCACCACCAGUUCCACGCUCACCCACCACCGCAAAGUGGUUGGCAGGGAGGAGCCGUGCAGGCCCCACCACCGCAUACUAAUUCAAAUAACUACUACUAUAACAACGCCACCGGAGCUGCUUCUAACCGGAGAAGAAAUGAUCAGCAUGUCGGUCGUCCCGGCAACUUGGAGCCGUCGUUUAGUAGUCCAGAUAAUAACAGUCCCGGUAUUACUAAUCACAACAACCAAUAUUAUUAUUACAACCACUCUCCUCCACCGGAGACGAUGACAUCAUCGUCGUCGGCUUAUCACCAUGAUCCUAACUGGAGUGUGAACAAGAGAUGGUCUGACCACCAGAGAAGAUGAUGACAAGCUUUUUUUUAAAAAAACACAGUAGAACUCCAUUUCUGGCAAUUUUUCUAAUGGUCUGUAAAUUUCUGUAGCUAUAUAUUGUUUUUAUGUCAAUUUUUUUUAAUAUUGUCACAUUCCUCCAUAAUUUAAUCCCCAGCUGUGGUUGUAGAAAAAAGAAGGGUGGGAAAAUCCCAGAGUGAUUAUAGAAAUAUUAGAACACUGCUCCCCCAUUGUGUAUGUAUGUGAACUACGUGUAUUCUUCUGCUUUGUCAAAAAUAUUUUUUUUUCUGGAUACUUUUUCAAAUGGUGCAUAUUUAACUUGUACAUAAUAAAUGUAACUCGGUAUA